AUGGAGGCGUACAGGAACAAGUUCAUCGCCACGGGGAAGUUCGCGCCGCUGAAACACUUCAUGGUGGGCGUGUUCGUGCUGGCGUUCGGGUUGGAGACGUAUCAUCAUCACAAGUACCACGGGGAGCAUGACCACGGCGACGAGGGCCACGGGGACGGCGCGGAGGCGGCGAACGGGGCGGCGGCGAACAGCGCGAGGGAACGGGCGGCGCUGGGAAGCUUGGACGGGGCGCAGAUGGAGGUGGAGGAAUUGCGGGAGAAGGUGAAGGCGAUGCGGGAGACUAUGAUGGGGCGGUGA